AUGAGUGCGAACAUUGGUCUGGUCAUUCUGCCCUCGGCCCUCCUGGUCGCAGGUGUCUACGCUGUGAAGCCGGAGUUCAUCUCUUACGCGAUCGCUCUUGCUGGUGUCUUGUCCAGCGUUGCCUUCUUCAUUGGAGGUAGCGGCAAGCCGCGCAAGGUCUUGAAGCCCACCGAGUUCCAAGAAUUCGAGCUUAAGGAGAUUGACAACAUCUCGCACAAUGUCGCCAUUUACCGCUUUGCCCUGCCCCGUCCCACCGACAUCCUCGGUCUGCCCAUCGGUCAACACAUCUCUCUCGCCGCUACCAUUGCUGGCCAGCCUAAGGAAGUCGUCCGUUCCUACACUCCCAUCUCUUCCGACAAUGAAGCCGGUUACUUCGAUCUGCUUGUUAAGGCCUACCCCCAGGGUAACAUCUCCAAGUACCUCACCGAGCUUAAGGUUGGUCAGACCAUGAAGGUGCGCGGUCCUAAGGGUGCCAUGGUCUACACUCCCAACAUGUGCCGUCACAUCGGAAUGAUCGCUGGUGGUACCGGUAUCACUCCCAUGCUCCAGAUCAUCGAGGCCAUCAUCCGCAACCGUCCCCGCAACGGUGGUAACGACACCACCAAGGUCGACCUGCUCUUCGCCAACGUUAACCCCGAUGAUAUUCUGCUUAAGGAGAAGCUGGACAAGCUGAACAAGGAGGACCCCGACUUCAACGUCUACUACGUCCUGAACAACCCUCCCGAUGCCUGGACUGGUGGUGUUGGCUUCGUUACCCCCGACAUGAUCAAGGAGCGCCUCCCUGCCCCCGCCAGCGAUGUCAAGAUCCUCCUGUGUGGUCCUCCCCCCAUGGUCAGCGCCAUGAAGAAGGCCACCGAGUCUCUUGGCUACACCAAGGCGCGCCCUGUCAGCAAGCUCGAGGACCAGGUCUUCUGCUUCUAA